AUGGUCGGCCCCAACUGCCCUGGUGUGAUCAACCCAGAGGGCUGUAAGAUUGGUAUCAUGCCUGCGCAUAUUCAUAUGCCAGGCAAAAUCGGUAUUGUCUCCCGCUCGGGCACGCUCACGUACGAAGCCGUGAACCAAACCACGAACGUCGGUCUCGGCCAGUCUCUUUGUGUGGGUAUUGGCGGUGAUCCAUACCCAGGCUCGGCUACUGUGGAUCUUGUGAAAAUGUACCUAGAGGACGACCGAUCUGAAGGUAUUGUUAUUAUUGGUGAGAUUGGCGGUAGCAUGGAGGAAGACGCUGCCGAGUACCUUGAGAAGUACAACCUCACUCGGCCCAACCCGAAGCCCGUCGUUGCAUUUAUUGCCGGCCGUACUGCUCCUCCGGGCCGUCGUAUGGGCCAUGCUGGUGCCAUUAUCAGUGGUGGUAAGGGCGGUGCUGACUCGAAGGUCAGCGCUCUCGAGAAGGCUGGUGCAAUUGUUGCUGACUCGCCCGCCAAAAUCGGUGAGCUUAUGCUCAAGGCCAUGAAGGAUGCCGGUCGGGCUUAA